AAGAUCUGUAAAAUGUCUUUCCACGUUCAGCUGUGGCUGCUUGUCACAUUAUCCACCGUGGCUGCAGAUUAUUCCUUUUAUACCCCACAACUGACUGCCAAAUCUUUACCCGGAAAGAUUACAGCUACAACAUUUGUUCUUGACAAGCCACGGUGCGUCUUUAACAAGACUUCAAAUGAUGCAGUAUGGUUAAUUGUAGCUAACAGUGCAGUUGUAGGUGAAUUGACUGAUAUUAAGUUGUCAGAUAUUCCUCUUUAUUCUUUAUCUGCAACUUCGUCCUACUAUCGCAUUCUUGGAGACUCUGAGAGCACUUACCCCUGCAACAAUGAAGCUGAAUUCAUUCGAGUUGGUAAUGAUGCAUCCUGCUUUGGUAUUUCCAACUGCAAUGGACCUUUACUUUUUCCUGGUCAAUACCAAGUUAAGUUUAUUGUGGUCAAUUCUAUAGGGGUCCGAGUAGAUCAAACUAGCUGGUCUCCCAUAAUCACACUCAGCCAAGGAAAGGCAUCCUCAUCAAUUGACACAUGGCCUGGGAGGCGUAGUGGGGGUAUGAUUGUCAUUACCUCCAUCCUUUCAAUCCUGUUAGCUACCUUUGUGGUUUGUCUUAUUGGGACAUUCAUUGUGGGAAGGAAAAACAUAAUUUGUUGCAAGAAGACUGAAAACAAAGAAUACCCUGUUCCUCAAGCAUUGAAUAUGAAGGAUUAUAGAACACAUAAAAAGGCUACGACAGUGGAAGAAGAACAGCUAAAGCAUCUUGCUGCUUGCUCUGUAGCUGUUGGGGACCCACUAAGAGAAACUGCCAUGGAGGAGAAGGAGAAUGAGGGCCUCCUACUGGAAGAGGUAGAGGAGAAGGUGCAGGAGCAAGAGGAUGAUGACAAGGUCACCAGGCAGGACACUUAA